CUACGGUCGCUGGAGUGGAGAUAUAAAGCAGUUCCAAGGUCGUCGCGUCCAGUCAGUCCCGUUACACGAUGCCGAGCACAGCGCAAGCGCACUGGGUCCUCCUGGUACUAGCCGUCCUGGCAGCCGAUAUCGUGCUGUGCCAGAGGCCAGGAGGGCGGAAGCCCGGGGCUAAGCCCGCGACCCCGCGGCCCCAACCCUCGCCUCAGCCACAGGAGGGUGACGAACUGACGGACGAGUGUCCGGAACCCAACGGGUACUUCGCGGACGGCUACCAGUGCGACAAGUACUACGAAUGUAUAGAAGGCGCCAUCACGGAGAAGCUGUGCCCUGACGGUAUGGUGUUCAACGACUACAGCACUAUGGUCGAGAAGUGCGACUUGCCCUUCAACAUCGACUGCUCCACGAGAGCCGAAUUACAAAAGCCGAAACCAUCUUUGCACUGCCCCCGCCAGAACGGCUACUUCGCCCAUGAAGACUCGAAGAUCUGCGACAAGUUCUAUUUCUGUGUUGACGGCAAGUUCAACAUGAUCACGUGUCCCGAUGGGUUGGUGUACAACGAGCGCACAGGGAUCUGUACCUGGCCUGAUGAGGCCAAGAAGGCCGGCUGCUCCUCACAAGAAGUGUUCAAGUUCAGCUGUCCAGAGGUGGGUAUCGCCGAGGCCCAGCAACACCCCAGGUAUGCGGACCCCGACGACUGCCAGUUCUUCUAUGUCUGCAUCGACGGCAAGAUCCCGAGACGCAACGGUUGCAAGCGAGGGCAAGUCUUCAAUGACGUCACCAGGAACUGCGACUGGCCCAGGAAUGUGGCAGAAUGCAAAGAAUGGUACAAGGGAAUCAUAUCUGAUGAAGAACUGGAAGCCCUCGAGUUCCCCAGGCCCAAGAACAGGACAACUGAGUACCGCAACCAGGCCAGUCGCAGGAAGGGAGCGAGUUCCAGACCGCUCCUGGAGGACUGAUAGUGACGUCACUUAGGCCGAUGACGUCAUCACCGAGGUUUCUCCGUGUCUUGCUCCGCCGAGAACAGCCCAACUUGAACACUUCGACGACUGAUGUGAACCUGAUCAAGGGUUUCAGACUCUAUGGACUGAAAAUCAAACAGUGUCCGUUUCUAGCAAGUUGUGCUAGUCCUUAGGACUUAAAUUUAUAUAACAUUUUCACAAUGAACAUAGUUCGUAAAAAAUUGUUUUUAUCAUUAAUGCAAGUUCCUAAUAGAGAAAAUCUGUAAUGCGUUAUGCGCAUUUAAGAUAAGUUUGCUGUAAACAUGCCAAUUAUUCAUAUUUUGCUUUAUACUAAAUUUACAAUCUUUAUCAAUUCACUUGUAAUGAUGUUAUACAUUGUUUCUAAAAAAUACUAUUUUUAGCA